CGAUUCGGUGUCGCAGCUGCCGAUCGUCGCAGAUCGGCUGCCGGUCCCCGAAACGCAGAAACACGUAGCCUAAGAACAAAGCGAUAAACCCCACCCCGCGGUUGCAAAGGCCCCACGGGUUGUAUAAUAUCACCCGGAGGAGAGGAAUAAUGCCCGAUCGCCUAAAGGUGUCCCCGGGAGAGCCGUCCACCCAAACCGGGAGCCUCCCGGGGUGGGGAGAGCAUCACACAAGCGCAGAAAAGGCCCGAUCUCGAUUACCGCAGCUCCCUAUGUCCCUCUCUUGCACGCCAAAAUGGCUUCUACAGCUUUCUGGCUUGCCGUCUGCUCAGUCGCUGCCAUGAACUCCCUGGUGUUCCUCUGCUCUCAGAAGGUUGUCGCUGACUUUGAUAGCCUGCAAGAUGCCUUGGGCUUCCUCCCGAAGGAGCUCUACCCCGUCUUGUUCAAAGCGGCCUUCAUGGACAAGAGGACCCUGUCCUUGCAGCUGCUCGUGAACACCUGGCCCUUCCCAGUCCUCAGUUUCCAGAAGCUGCUGCGGAAAUGCCAGCACUGCGAACGGGCCCUGAUCCGGGAGAAGCCCAACAAGUACUGCAUCCAGAUGGUUAUUUCGGGAGUUGUGACAUACCUGAUCAAGCUGCUGGAGAACCGGCGUGGCAGUAAGAGCAAAGGGCCGCAGCAGCGGCUGCAGAUUCUCGACAUGACUGGCCUCCAGGACGAAGGGCAGGGCCCAGAGAGCAUGAGUCUCUGGUCCCGGACGGUCACGCUGGCAAAGGCUUGCCUGGACAUCUCCAAGCAGCAAGGCAAGUGGACGAGGCGGACGUCCAAGCGGAGAAAAAGCCCCUACAGCAAACCCCCGGGCCCCCCGGCCCUCCCUCCCUUCUCCGUGGACGUUUGGGUGGACCUCUUUGUGAACAGCACCUCCUACGGAGUCCUGAAGGACGCCUUGCAGAUCAACAGCUACAAUGCGCUGCGGCUGAGGUGCCGGGACUUCCGGGCAGAGGAGCUGUCCAUCGCCAGCACCGUGGGGCUGCUGGAGUUCCUGGACCCGGUCGGCGUCCGGCAGGUGGACCUGAGGUUCAACAACCUGGGCCUCUCCGGCUUGCGAGUGGUCCUCCCGCACCUGACCAAGUUCACCAACCUGGCGAGCCUGAAGCUCCCCUACAGCAACGUGGAUGUCAGGCGCCUCACUGUGGGCAUGGAGGGGAGCCUGCAGUACUUUGCCAACCAGCUGAGCCGACUGAGAUGCCUCAAAGAGCUGAACCUGGGGUCCUCCCGGCUGUCUGGCAAGCUGAGGCUGCUCCUAGGUGACUUGCAAAGCCCUUUGGAGAGCCUGGAGCUGGCCUUCUGCUACCUUCUGCCCAACGACCUGGCCUACCUUUCCCAAAGCCUCCACACCCCUGCCCUGAAGAAGCUGGACCUCAGCGGGAACAACCUCUCCGACUGCCUCCUGCAGCCUUUCCAAGGCCUGCUGAUGGAGGCCUCCCCGACUCUCCUGCACCUGGACAUCAUGGAGUGCCGCAUGAUGGACACCCACCUGAACGUCCUCCUGCCGGCCAUCUGCCGCUGCUCGCGGCUCCGCUACCUGGGCGUGUUUGGCAACCCCAUCUCUGCCAAAGGACUGAAGAACCUCCUUCACAAGACGGUGGGCCUCUUGGACUUGAAGCUGGUCAUCUACCCCUACCCGGUAGACUGCUAUGGGGAUGACCUGCCGUGGCCCCCCACUUCCUCCAACCUCCUCAACGGCAACGUGGACGAGGAGAAGUUCUUCCGGGUCAGCAACGAACUCCAGCAGAUGCUGCUGAGCGCCAAUCGGGCAGACGUCACCUGGACCACGAACCUCUGCCGCCACAAUAGUCUGGACUUCUUUAGUUUAUAGCCCCACGCGCAUCUCCUGCCAAGAGACAAGGAAUGGGGCUUGUCCUCUCCUGCUGCCACUUGCCUGUCAACGCUCCCUGUCUUGCACCGUACUGCAGUGGGCCAGCGCUGACUGCCUUACCUGCCCUGGUGCAUCUCAGCCGGAAAGAUCCACCUGGGAGAGCCUUGCAGACAGCACCUUGAGUGGCUGUCUUUGCUCUCUUUUCGGCAGAGACUGAGAGUGUUUGGAGGCACCAUAGUCUUGCUCUGCUCUUUCUUCCUGCCAGGAGAAGGGUGCAGCUGCCUUUGCCUGCUUGUCCUCAACCUUAAAGGGGCAGGCAGGCAGGCAGGGGAGCCUUGCAGUCCUUCCAGUCAGUGGAAACAGCUCUGUAAUGUCUACGGAAGGAGGGAACAGGCAGGCAAGUGGUGGCCAGGAGAGAGGAGCGGAUGAAAUCUGCCCUGGUGCGGUGGCGAGUGGCGGAUGGGUAUUUCUGUUAACAUAGGACGGCCAGCAGUGAAUGCCAGGUCAAAAGCACGUGAGCCCUUUCUGGUGCAUGUAAGAAUACCGGGGGUUAGGUUUUGGGUUUUUUUUUCUCUCCCCCAAACAUCUAUUUUGUAACAUCUUAGUUAGAGCUUAGCAAAGUGGAUAUUACCGCCUCUCCUUCUGUGUGUUUCAUGGGAUUGCCAGAGGUCAUUUGGGUGGGUGCCUUUGAAAUGAUUUGGUCCUUUUCAAGACUUGACAGGAGCGGGAAGUUUGUCAAUCCAGAACCUGGAAUAAGGCCUAAAUAUUGUAAGGGCCGAAGGAAGGGGAGGUGAGAUUAUAUACAGAGAACUUUGGGACCUGAAAUAAAAGAUGAUUUGCCUGAGA